AAACUCAACCCGGAACUUUGCAUGGUCAAUAAUUUUUGGAAACCUCUCCACCUAGGCACAUAGGUUCUCCAAAAUAGUUGAAAAUAUAAUUCACUCUCGGAUUAUUGUCGUCCUCUCUAGGGAGAGAUUUCAAAUGCUUCCAGUCCCGAUCUCGGCGCUUUCGCGAGGACAGUAACUUUUCUUUUCAAACAGAGUCUUAGGAGGACAAACAUACACACACUUCAAGAUGCCCCAACAGGAUAUUGUGAAGAUUGCCAUCCAGAUGCCAGGGGCAUACCCUCAGCUCAUUCAACUGGACCAGAAAAAGCCCCUUUCUGCUGUAAUAAAGGAGGUUUGUGAUGGGUGGAAUCUCCCAGGCCCUGAUAACUACGCCCUCCAGUAUGCCGACGGUGUUCAAACCUACAUCACUGAAUCUAACCGUCUGGACAUUAAGAAUGGCUGCAUUCUCCGUCUGACCAAGGCACCGGGCCGUUGUGCCGAGGACCUCUACAAGGGCAUCCAGAGCUCAGACUCAGGUGUGCGCUGUGAUUCGCUGAAGCAGCUGGCCUGUGUGUCCACUGACGUCACUUUUGCCCAGGAGUUUAUCAGCCGUGAUGGCCACUCUCUGCUGGUGAAGAUCGUAGAGGACGCUGACGAGGCCCCUCUGAUCAUGACCCACACACUGACAGGCUUCAUGGAGUUGAUGGACCAUGGGAUUGUAUCAUGGGAGAAUCUUUCUGCUGUCUUCAUCAAGAAGAUUGCUAACUUCGUCAAUGCCAAGGUGCUGGACGCGUCCAUCCAGCAGGUGUCCCUGGCCAUCCUGGAGAGCAUGGUGCUGAGCAGCAGCAGCCUCUUCCAGCAGGUCAAGCAGGAGGUCACUCUGGAGAGACUCCUCUCACAUCUGCAGGUGACAAACCAACAGAUUCAAACCAAAGCCAUGGCCCUCCUCAUGGCUCUGCUACAGACUGCUGGAGAUGCAGACAGACAGGAGCUGUUUGCCUUCUUAGGAAUGAAGAAUCUUCGACAGUACAUCUAUAAGAACAUUAUCCAUAGUUCUGCCUCCGUGGGGGAUGAGAUGGCCCACUACCUGUAUGUCCUCCAGUCUGUCACUCUGAACCACCUGGAGCCUCGCAUGAGGAUGCCCCUGGACUCCUACAACCAGGACCAGAGGGAGAUUCUACAUGGCCUGCGGCAGGCAGCCUUCGAGACGGAGAGUGAGAACAGCUUGAGUCAUGAGCGACGGCGCUCUCUCUGUGCCAAGGAGUUCAAGAAGCUGGGCUUCUCUAACAACAGUAACCCAGGUCAGGACCUGCUGCGGGCCCCUCCUGGCCUGCUGGCUCUGGACACCAUGGCCUACUUCGCCUCCCGCUACCCCGAUGCCUACAGCAGGUUUGUUCUAGAAAACAGCAGUAGGGAGGAUAAGCACGAGUGUCCAUUCGCCCGCAGCAGCAUCCAGCUGACUCUAAUCUUGUGUGAGAUCCUACGAAUCGGAGAGCCCCCCUCAGAGACUGGUUCAAACUACCACCCCAUCUUCUUCUCUCAGGACCGGCUGCUAGAGGAGCUUUUCUGCGUCUGCAUCCAGCUGAUCAACAAGACCUGGAAGGAGAUGAGAGCCACGCAGGAGGACUUUGACAAGGUAAUGCAGGUUGUGCGUGAGCAGAUCACUAGGACUCUGUCCAGUAAGCCCACGUCUCUGGAGCUGUUUAAGAACAAGGUGAAUGCUCUGAACUACAGUGAGAUCCUCAAACUACGCCAGACAGAGCGGCUGCACCAAGAGGAGACCCUCGCCCCGCCUGUAUUAGAGCUGAAGGAGCGUCUGAAACCUGAGCUGUUGGAGCUGAUUCGCCAGCAGAGACUGAACCGCCUGUGUCAGGGAACACUCUUCCGCAAGAUCAGCAGUCGACGAAGACAGGAUAAGUUGUGGUACUGUCGUUUGUCACCCAAUCACAAAGUCCUGCACUUUGGCGAUGUGGAGGAGGACACAGAAACACCCCCCAUCGAGAGUCUCCAGGAAAAGAUUCCUGUUGCAGAUAUCAAAGCACUGCUGACAGGGAAAGACUGCCCUCACAUGAAGGAGAAUAAGGGCAAACAGACCAAGGAAGGGUUGGACCUGGCUUUCAGCAUCACUUAUGAUGUGGAGGAGUACAGCCUCAACUUUAUCGCCUCAUCCAGAACAGACUUCUGCCUGUGGACAGAUGGACUGAGCGUGCUCCUGGGACGGGACAUGAGUAGUGAAUGCAUGAGGAGUGAGCUGGAUAUCCUGCUUUCCAUGGAGAUCAAGCUCCGCCUCCUGGACCUGGAGAACGUGCCCAUCCCAGACUGCGCCCCCCCGGUGCCCAAACCCCCCAGCAACUUCAACUUCUGCUACGACUUAAGCCAGGCUGAGCAGUAGGCCUGGAGAGAGGUCAAGGCAUGGUAGAGGAGGAGACCUGGGGCUUGUUCAGGAGGAUGUAACGUUACAGAAUGUUCGGAUAGAAAUGCAUGAAGUAGAACAUACAUGAUCAUCUGUCCUAUGGAAUAGGGGCGUAUGUCAGUUCUAUUCAUACUAUUUCUAUCUGCAACUUCAGAAUGUUUCAUGUCACUGAAUGUACCCCAAUAACGACCAAGCACGUGGAUAUAGCUAGAUACACAGGAGGAACAGUGGCAACAUGGAGGCCUAGAUGGACAUAAAGAUGAUCUAAAGCGGAGGCAAAGGUGUCUUCUUAUAUGGGCGGAGUAAUGUGGAAGACGAGAGGCUGAAGAUGAUUCCUUAGGUACUAUUAGAGUGGUCAUCUUUUUGGGUGUGGUCUGGGAACACAAGUGUAUUGUAACUGUAGAAAUGAAAAACAGAAAGGAAAACACUGCACACUGCUGCUCCCAGGUGAUAUUUAUUUAUAACAACGUUUAAACCCUUCGGUCUUCAUCAGGCAUCCAUAUCCCAGAUGGGUAUGGAAGGUCCUAUAUAUAGGGGCAGUUCUCAGUGACAUCACUUCCUGAAACAGGAGGUAAAAAAUAUAUAACAUAGGUUGACAAUAUUAACAUUCAAUGUAUCAAAGUAUAUGAUCAUACACAAUGUGAUCAAUAUUUACAGUAAUAUAUAUAUAUAUAUAUAUAUAUAUAUAUAUACACAAUACAAUAUUAAAUUAGGAUAAAAAAACACAAUCAUUUGGACAUUUUGAAACUAUAAAAACAGUUUUCAAGAAAUUACCCACAAAAUGACAAGUGGCUAAUGAAGGGAGUUAUGUUUUCUAUAGUUGAAUGCUUCAUACUUUAGCAUUACUUGUCUUCAGCGUUUCUCCCAUUCUUACUUCGGGCGUCACCCCUCCAUGGCUCCAGUCCUUCACAGUCCUUCACUGUGUAUUGUGUUUGGGCAGAGUUCAUGUUUUGUUUUGGUCAUAUCUGUGUUUAAGUUUUUCUAGUUUUUCAACUUUUGGGGGGUUUUCUAUAAACUGAUGAUACCUUUGUGAAACAGGCAGCAUGACAGCUCUUCUGAACGUACUGAACCAAAGGAUUGAAACAGAACAAAACAAUACAUAUAUAUUGUUGUGUAUAUAUAUGCCUCUGAGACAGAAUCACUUGUUUUGACGUUUACAUUUUACAUUUCAGUAAUUUAGCAGACGCUCUCAUCCAGAGUGACUUACAGGAGCAAUUACAGUUAAGUGCCUUGCUCAAGGGCACAUCGACCCUUGAGCACCUAGUUGACAUGGUACUUAACAACUUGACCCCCUACACCAACAGAAUCCUGUCUAGCAGAUUGUAACGGGCUUUAUUAGUCUUUACAGGAUAGGUACAGUUUGGCGUAGCACAUAGCAUUUUCCACCAACCUUAAAGGGAUUCUCUGGUACUUUUGUAUACUUUUUAGACAGUAGUUCUGAAAGUAGCACCCAUGAGCCAAAAGUGGUCCCCGAAUAUUGCGUAAUACAUCACAUGUGCAGAUAUGUGUACCACGUCAUUGCUCUCUCUCUCUCACUCUGCUGUGUAUGAUUCUUGCUCGUGGUCACUCAAGUGGCUAGUGGGUCAAUCUCAUUAGCUGGAACUGGAAUUGCUAGGGGACUGGCCCACAAAGGGGAAAAUGGUGCAGAUAGUAUCGCCAAGUUAAGGUCGGUCGAAAAUUCUCUGUGCUAUGCCUAACAGUACUUUUUCUGUAAUGGCUAAUGGAGCAUCACAUUAGCCCGUUACAAUCUGCUAGCUAGCAGAAUCCUAACUCCCUGUUCUAAAGUGGUACUUUAAUCAUUUGAAGACAGAAACAAGAAAAUAGAGGUAACCGAGAUAAUCAGGCUCCAAGCCUGGUAGAAUCCCUAUUUAUAAUAUAUGAAAUAUCCUUUAUAUGUACAGUCCCUUCGGAAAGUAUUCAGACCCGUUGACUUUUUCCACAUUUUGUUAUGUUACAGACUUAUUCUAAAAUGAAUUUAAAAAAUAAAUAAUUCUCAGCACUUUACACACAAUACCCCAUAAUGACAAUGUGAAAACAAGUUUUUAGAUAUUUUUGCAAAUGUAUUAAAAAUAAAAAACAGAAAUGUGCAUAAGUAGUCAGAUCCUUUGCUAUGAAACUCGAAAUUGAUCUCCGGUGCAUCCUGUUUCCAUUGAUCAUUGUUUCUACUACUUGAUUGGAGUCCACCUGUGAUAAAUUCAAUUGAUUGGACAUGAUUUGGAAAGGCACACACCUGUCUAUAUAAGGUCCCACAGUUAACAGUGUCAGAGCAAAAACCAAACCAUGAGGUCGAAGGAAUUAUCCGUAGAGCUCCAAGACAGGAUUGUGUCGAGGCACUGAUCUGGGGAAGGGUACCAAAAAAUGUCUGCAGCAUUGAACGUUCCCAAGUACACAGUGGCCUCCAUCAUUCUUAAAUGGAAGAAGUUUGGAACCACCAAGACUCUUCCUAGAACUGGCCGCCUGGCCAAACUGAGCAAUCAGGGCACAAGGGCCUUGGUCAGGGUGGUGACCAAGAACCCGAUGGUCACUCUGUGGAGAUGGGAGAACCUUCCAGAAGGACAACCAUCUCUGCAGCACUCCACCCGUCAGGCCUUUAUGGUAGAGUGGCCAGACGGAAGCCACUCCUCAGUAAAAGGAAUAUGACAGCCUGUUUGGGUGUUUGCCAAAAGGCACCUAAAGACUCUCAGACCAUGAGAAACAAGAUUAUCUGGUCUGAUGAAACCAAGAUUGAACUCUUUGGCCUGAAUACCAAGUGUCACAUCUGGAGGAAACCUUGCACCAUCCGUACGGUGAAGCAUGGUGGUGGCAGCAUCAUGCUGUGGGGAUGUUUUUCAGCGGCAGGGACUGGGAGACUAGUCGGGAUCGAGGCAAAGAUGAACGGAGCAAAGUACAGAGAGAUCCUUGAAGACCUGCUCCAGACCUCAGACUGGGGUGAAGGUUCAGCUUCCAACAGGACAACGACCCUAAUUAUACAGCCAAGACAACGCAGGAGUGGCUUCGGGACAAGUCUCUGAAUGUCCUUGAGUGGCCCAGCUAGAGCCCGAUCUAACAUCUCUGGAGACCUGAAAAUAGCUGUGCAGCAACACUCCCCAUCCAACCUGACAGAGCUUGAGAGGAUCUGCAGAAAAUAAUGGUAGAACCUCCCCAAAUACAGGUGUGCCAAGCUUGUAGGGGCCUACCCAAGAAGACUUGAUUCUGUAAUUUUUGCCAAAGGUGCUUCAACAAAGUACUGAGAAAAGGGUCUGAAUACUUAUGUAAAUGUUUUAUUUCAAUUUUAAGUUGUUAAACUGUUUUUUAUUUGUCAUUAUGUGGUAUUGUGUGUAGAUUGAUGAAGAAAAAAAAGAUUUAUUCAAUUUACGAAAAGGGCGUAACAAAAUGUGAAAAAAGUCAAGGGGUCUGAACACUUUCCGAAGGCACUGUAUGUGCAUAUAGCAUUUUAAUUAGUUCCAUUUGCUUAUGAGCCCUUUGAUGAGAAUACCUCAGAGAUACUCACAUGGGCUGAUGAUCAUGAUUGAUCUUCUGUACGUUUUAUUUAAGGUUGUCCUAAGGUUUGAUGGCUAACAUUCAAACGGUUCUGUCUUAGGCAAUGGGCUUUUGUGCUUUUAUUGGUGUUGAGAGCUUGAUCAACGAUACAAUCACCUUCCAUAUGCUCUUUAUUGUAGGUACUAUUCAAGCUACAGAUAAGGUAGCUUAAGAUACAGAUAAUGUAGCUAAGGUACAGAUAAGUAUUUUGUAUCACUGACAAAUGAUUUAGCUUCAAGCACCAUAUAUUUAUCUCUGCUAUUAAUUCAUUUUGCCUGGUAACCAUUUUUGCUCCGGAGCUGAGGGCAAAUGCUCUAAAAGGUUCAUUAUGAAUUUCAGUCCAUACUAAAUGGAUAUUAGUUCAACAUUGAUAUUGUUGUAGGGUACUUAGGAUUUAUUUUCAUGACAAUAUGAAUGAUUCUGAUAAAUAAAUCUGACUGUAAUAUAUUGUAAAACAGUAAACAAAUGUCAUAUUAGUAUGGUGGACCUUCAACUUUACAUAUUCAAAAUCUCAAUGGCCUGUGAGAUGGGUGAAAAGGUCAACUCAUAAUAAUGGAUUUUUGUAGCCAGUUCCUUAGCCAGUGAUCUGGGCUUCUCUGAAAUUGGUGGUGAUUUUGCUGUUCAUUGCAAGUGUGUUCAUGUUAAACACACAAUAAUCUCCAUGGUAACCCCUAAUUAUGCUUUACUAAGAUUAGGGUUGACAUGAAUAAAUAUGAUUUAUACAGAU